ACAUCUAUCUGUUUGUUAAGAACAACUGUCCAAUGAUCCAACGCUGCAAAUGCAUUAUAAGUCAACAAAACAACAAUUAAAACACACCCUGAGAGGGAUAGAUAGAUAGAUUGAGAGAAACCCUUUAACUCUUGCUUUUACUACAGAGCAACAGAAGGUGGCCCUCCGUGUAUAUUUCUAGUUUUUGUACCUUUCCUUCUUCCAUUACUGUCUUCUCUUCUUCUCUUUCAAACAUAAAUAAGUGAGCUGGUUCUGUGUUUUUCUAAUAGGAUAUAUGAGGCCAAAUCCCAUCUCAAUCAACCCUUUAUUCUCUCUUACUGCCUUCAAUUUUCUUUAGUCUUUCUGUGCAAUAUUGCAGCCCUUAUUCUUCAAGAAUUGAUGUCUGGUUUGUAUAAUCAGAUUUCCUCACCUUCAACAGCGAGGGCCAAUUCACCAAACAUAAACAUGAGAAGCAGUUUUGAUGUUGAAAGUCAGUACUUAACGGAGCUGCUAGCAGAACAUCAGAAGCUUGGACCUUUCAUGCAAGUCCUACCCUUAUGUACCAGGCUCUUAAAUCAAGAGAUUUUAAGGGUUUCUGGAAAGAAUGGAUUGAUGCAGAACCAAGGGUUCGGAGACUAUGAUAGAGUGCAGUUUGGAAGCCCCAAACCCAACCUUAUGCCUUCUUUAGACGUACAACCAAAUUUUACAGGUUGGAACAGCAUGUCGCAUGAAGGUUUAGCUGGAGUUCAGGGACUAAACGUGGAUUGGCAAGCAGCAUCAGGUGUACCAAACUCUAACAUUGUGAAGAGGAUAUUGCGCCUGGAUAUUGCUAAUGAUAACUAUCCAAAUUUCAAUAUUGUUGGACGGCUUCUUGGCCCUAGGGGUAAUUCACUGAAGCGAGUGGAGGCUACCACAGGUUGCCGUGUAUAUAUCAGAGGGAAAGGUUCAAUAAAAGAACUUGAUAAGGAAGAGUUGUUAAGGGGAAGACCAGGCUAUGAGCACUUAAAUGAGCCUCUGCACAUUUUGAUUGAGGCUGAAUUACCUGUAAAUAUUGUUGAUAUAAGGCUGAGGCAAGCACAGGAGAUCAUAGAAGAGCUACUUAAACCCAUGGAUGAGUCACAGGACCUGUACAAAAGGCAACAACUGAGAGAACUUGCUAUGCUGAAUUCCAAUUUUAGAGAAGAGAGUCCUCAACUCAGUGGCAGUCCCUCCACAUUCAACUCCAAUGAAAUGAAACGGGCCAAAACAGACCAAUAGUGUGUCUACAUUGCCAAAAUGUGUCAUUUGAUGUCAGCUCCUGCAUGUAAAUUCUGUGAAGCAGCAAUCAGAAAACUUCACAAAAAGACUGAAACAAUACCGGGGUACAUAUUAAGUCACAAUCAAUUGCACCAAUAGGCUUGUAAAACUAGGAAAACUUCAUUAUUAUUAUUAUAUAUUUUGACCGAUUGAUUAGUAUAUGUAUGUAUAUCUGCAAUGUCUAUAAACACAACUCUGUUGGGAGUUAUAAACUGAUCAUCAUCAUUGCUAUUA